AUGUCUGCACAAAUAGGAGGGUGUCAGUCGCAGCUAGUUCACCUGCCUUCCCUCCCUUCUCGUCGUUUCCUCCCAUCCCUUUCAUCUUCCUCCCAUCCCUUUCAUCUUCCUCCCAUCCCUUUCAUCUUCCUCCCAUCCAUCGUCCCUUCCCGUACCUCCCAUCCCCUCCAUCCCUCCCAUUUCUCCCCCCCAUCCUGUCAGCUGCUUCUCCCCGACGGUCGUCGCUUUGCCACAGAGUCAACCGCACUGCAUCCCUCUGCAGACCUCGCAGUGCUCAAGGUGACUCAUAGGCUGUUUACCAGAGGGCCUACUGUAUCAGCAGUCUUGGUUUCCGGCCUGCAAGGGAUUGACGAGCCGGCUGUAUCAGCAGCGAAUGGAGCAUCGACUGUGGCAGGAGAGGAGCGGGGAGCUGUAGCGGUAACGAUUGGGGACGACAAGACUGCAGCAGACAGGGUUGGGUCAACUGGAGGAACGAUUCCUGUGGACUGUUGCAGGGGAGUGGGUUCAAGAGAAGCGGAUGGGAGUCCUGCCGUAGCAGGCAUAUUUGGGGAAGUGAGAGCAGAGGUGCAAGAGACAGGAGGGGAGGGAGGAGUUCAGAGGGAUGGAGGGGAAAGAGCAGGUGAGAGGGAUGGAAGAGAGGGAGGAGAGGGCAGCAGAGAAGACAAGGAGUGGCUCCCCUGUGCGCCCAUUGGUGAUAGUGAUGACGUGGAGCUUGCUGAUUGGGUGAUCUCGGUGGGCAAUCCUGUGGGGCUGCCUGGCAGCAUCAGCCUGGGCGUGAUCAGCAGCCUGCACCGCACUGCUGCUCAGGUGAGGAAGGGGGUUGAUGGGGGGAAGGUGGGGGUUGAUGGGGGAGUGGGGGAGUGGCAGAGAGCAGAUCUACAUGGGUGGGAGUGCCGCACUCCACACUCCACUACUUCCAAACCGACUGUGGGAGUGCCGCACUCCUCACUCCACUUCUUCCAAACAGAUUGUGCCAUCAACCCGGGCAGUUCAGGCAGUCCCCUCGUGAACGAGUUCGGAGAGCUCCGGCAGUCCCCUUGUGAACGAGUUUGGGGAGGUGCGUGCAGCUGUGUAAAGCUGCUUCCCCUGUAUGCCACAUGCUGCUCGCUUGCCACAUCCUAUCAAUCUGGAGAGCUCAGGCAGUCCUUUCGUGAACGAGUUUGGAGAGGUGGGUUGGUGCUCCUCUCUCAAUCCUCUGCUGAUGUGGGUGGUGCUGUGUAA